AUGCCCGUCGCUUCCUUCUCCAAAUCGUUUCACUUUCACCGACAUCCCACUCUCAGCAACAGUCGCACAGUUACGUGCGCGCAUCACGGACACACUUCCAAACCACCCCCGCCUUCGUCACAGAGGCUCAUAUUCCGCGGAAAGCCUCUGUUGAAUGAUAACUUGACUCUCAGCAGUAUCUUUGGUCCUAUUGAGGAAUCUGUGCACACAAUUCACCUUGUACUGCCUCCCUCUCCUACCUCCGCCGCACCUUCAAUUUCCAAUCCCACUGCGCAGAGAGCGCUGAACACGGUUGAGACGGGAAACGCUUUCCGCUCAACAGGCCACCAGGUUAUUCCUGACCCUGCAACUGAGGGACUCCGACUCCGUGGCCAAAUGGCUUCCAACACAAACCCGGAAGAUGACCUGCAUGGUGUUUCUGCCAACUUUCGUCGCCACAUGCACGCUCUCGCAGAGCAGCACCAUGGAGUCCAAGUUCCAUCUAAUGCCCCGGGCCAGGAACCCUAUUCGCAACUAAACGAAUUCCGGCCCGCCCAGGAACGGUUUUUCCAGCAUGAAGGACCUGGUGUUCUCUACCAACGCCAUGUAGUGACAUCAAUUCCUUCAAAUGAAUCAUUUGCAUAUGACCAAAUUCAGCCCAUGGGACCUUCUCGUGGCAUGGACCAUAACAACUAUGAUGGACGUUCCCACCACCACGGACCCUUUACUGAACCGGCAUCAAGCAAUGGCCAUGUCCCUGCCUCUACGACCUCCCGCAGUCGCAAUCGACCAAGCGACUGCUUUGAUCCGUUGUAUCCUGUCCAUCACCCAACUGAUCCUCCAAGUGAUCCUCCCGCACCUCCUUCAAACCCAGCACACUACAGAACAGCACGCCAUGAUCUCUCUCGUCCUGAGUUUUCAAACUCUUCGCAGCCUUCUUCAAACCCCGGCUUUCCCAGCGAGAACACUCCUCCGGUUCUGGAUACAGGUUCAGCAGCGCCUUCCCCUGGGGCAGCCCUUGGGAUAGACCUUGCCAAUAUUCGAGAAUUUGAUGAGUUGCGGGUGCAAGUUGAGGAAGCUGAGCGCCUCGUUCAUCAUGGAAUAUCACCUUCGUCUGAGGUCAUGUUCCGCGUACGAACUCGGCUCCAGGCUCUUUUCCGUGAGACACACAGUUCUCCAAGACAGAAUGCUAAUUUUGGCAUGGCUGUAAACGAUCUACUCAAUCGCACCUUUGAGAUCUUUCGUCUUGUCGAUCGCCUGGCGAUCCAUCCACCGUCGAUGCCAGCAUUCGCUCUACCUUCUUCCAUGCAGCAGGUCUUUUUGGCUACUGCCCCAGAUGGCCGUCAGAGCUUGAUUAUGCCUCCAGGGGUUAACACCAUGCCUACUACCACUCACUAUCCAUCUGCACUACAGCACCAGGCCUCGACUAAUACUUCCGACGGAAACCAUGGAGCUCAUCCUCAAGGUCACCAGCUCAACCAAGAUCCAGCUGCAGCCCAGAACCUUGUUCGCCAGGCACUGAUCAACCAGCAGCGUCGGCGUGACGCCGAGAACAUCCCCCCAGAGCGACUUCUUCGACGAAUCUGGCUUUUCAUUCGGCUUUACUUUGUUUGCUACAUGAUCAGUGGAUCUGGUACCUGGAUGCGCGUUCUUCUCGUCACGGGUGCUGUUAUUGUCGCUUUGCUGUCCGACACUCAGAUUCCCGAGCAGCUCCGGGCCAUUCUUGUGGCCCCCAUUCAGCGUCAUCUGGAAGGCCUUGCCCACGUCGGUGGACCUGCGGAGCGUGGAGCACAGGCUGGAACAGAGCAGAAUGCCGGCGACCGCCGCGCGAAUACCUUCUCCGGAGAGCUCUGGCAUCAUCUUCGCCGCGCUGAGCGAUCCAUUGUCCUUCUGCUGGCAAGUCUUGUGCCAGGAAUUGGCGAGCGACAGGUCGAGGCCCGCAAUGCGGCCGAGGCCGAAGAACGCCGGCGUCGGGAGGAGGAAGAGGAGCGCAUUCGGAGCGAGCAACGGGAGCAGGAACAGGCUCAGCAGGAAGAGACCCAGGGCGUGACCCAGCAGGAGAUGGGUGCUGGGGAGCUCAGUGGCCCUGGUGAGCAGGCGAUUCAGGCUGCCCCGUCUGCCCUGUAA